AUGUUGGCUUUAUUGGAGACGGCCGCGGGCUUUGCCUUAUUCCGCGUGCGGAAUGGGAGCCUGUUGGAGGUGAAGGACGUGGAGAGCUUGCAGGAGGCGUUCAACUCCGCCGAAAAAACGAAAAACAUUAUAGAGUUGCAUGCGUUUUCUCGCUUCAAAGACAACAAGCAAGCCACAGAAGAAACGCUAGCUCUGAUAGAUGGGAAUAUGGGCAAGGGCCUCCGACGCUUCCUGAAGAAGCAACUGGCUGCAGAGGGUGAGGCGGCCAAACUGCUGGUUGCCGAUAAAAAUCUAGGGUCUGCAAUCAAAAGCAAAUUCAACGCGGAAAUUUUAUUCUCACCGCAGACUCAUGAAAUACUUAGAGGCAUCAGACAGCACAUCGCGGAGUUGCUUGAUGGCAUCGACGAGAAAGAUCGUCAGCAAAUGGCCAUGUCAUUAUCGCAUUCGUUAAAUCGGUUCAAGCUUCGAUUCAGUCCUGAGAAAUUAGACACCAUGAUCAUCCAGGCUGUUGCUCUCCUCGAUGACAUGGACCGCGAGUUGAACAACUUCGCGAUGCGGUUGAAGGAGUGGUACGGGUGGCACUUUCCGGAGCUCUCGAAAAUUGUUACUGACAAUUUAGUCUACGCAAGAGUCGUACAAAAAAUCGGUUUCAGGACCAACGCGAAGAACGCAGAUAUAGAAGCAUUAAUACCUGAUGAGAUAUGCGCGGAGGUGCGCAUGAGCGCGGAGACUUCUAUGGGCACCGAAAUGACAGAGGAGGAUCUGCAGCAUAUCACCUCGUUGGCAUGCAGAGUUGAAGAGCUCGUAGAGUACAGAGCGAACCUGGCAGAGUACCUGAAGCUCCGAAUGAGGGCAGUAGCUCCGAAUCUAACGCAUAUGGUGGGUGAGGUGAUUGGCGCGCGUCUGAUGGCUCACAGCGGCAGUCUGCUGUCACUAUCUAAACAGCCUGCGUCCACUAUCCAGAUCCUAGGGGCCGAAAAGGCUCUUUUCAGGGCCCUGAAGACGAAGUCAAACACCCCCAAAUACGGCAUCAUUUAUCAUGCAGCAUUGGUCGGCCAAGCCACGCCUAAGCUCAAAGGGAAGAUAUCACGAGUCCUGGCGGCAAAACUGUCUCUUUGCGUGCGGGUGGACGCGCUGACAGAGGCCGCAGAAGUAGCUGCAGCAGCAGCAGGAGGAGCAGCAGCAAAUGGCAACAGUGCUGCUGCACCGCAAGGUCCCACAGAGCCGACAGUGGCAAUUGCAUGCAGACGCUACGUGGAGAACCGCCUUGAGCAGCUGGAACAGCAGUUAGCAGGCAGUGGCCCUAAACCUCCGAGCAAGCCUGCGUUUCAGCGCUAUGAGCCUCACAGGGAAACCAAUGGCAUGCCUAAGAAAUAUGACGUGUCGACAGAUACAGUCGAUAAGGCAGCGGUGGGAUCAAAGCAAAAGAGGCAUAUGAACGGGGAUAGCGGCGAGACAGAGCCGCAGAAGAAAAAGAAGAAAGUAAAAACGGAGACGGAAGCCUAA